AUGGCGCCCCAUCCACCAGGCCUGUGCCCAAUCAUGAUAGGUGAUCCUGCCCUGCUCUUCGGCGGGUGGGGCCACCGCCUCGCGCGCCUCUCUCUCCGGUUCCCCAGCGGCAGAACGGAGCUGGCGUUCGUGGAAGCCCGUGCUGGAAAAGCGCUCCGUGCCUGUGCGUUGGCGGCCGCCGUGCUCGCGCUGCUCGCUGCCAUCGCCGUGUACCAGGAUGACGGUCGCAGCUGUGAAGAAGGCGUGGACCCGGCGGCCUGGACCGUCUACUGGAUGAAGAUCGCAAGUAUUUUGGAUAUUUGA